AUGGCAUCCUUGGAUGAGUGGGAUGCUGUUCGUGCAAAGGACCCAUCGGCGCAAAUGGUUGGCGGAAAAAUGCUGAUAGGCAUUAAGGACUACGAAGAGCUCGGACAGUCCAGCCUAGAUGAUGCAAACUGGAAGGCCAGACUUGUGUGCACUGGAAACUUCAUUCGUAAUGCUGCCGGGCAUGUUGUAUGGUCGGUUGACAGCAUGUAUGCGGCGCCCGUUGAUCUUCACAAUGCUCGACUUGUCGUGGGCUUCGGUGCCAAGCGUGGCUGUGUGUUGCAAGCGGACGUGAAAUCCGCUUACUUGCAGGCCUUGUUAGGCGGCAACGCCACAUGGUUGAAAAUCCCCAAGUCUUUGAUGCAUCUCUUCCCUCAGCGUGCACGAUCCAUGCGGGAACCCGUUGUGCGCUUGAUACGUGCUCUUUACGGGCACCCGCGUGCUGGAUCCGAUUGGGAUGCCCAUCUUCGUUCACAGUUGCUGAAACAUGGUUGGCAGCCGAUUGCCAAUCAGAAGGGUCCCCUGAGAAAGGUUGACACGCCCAUGACGGAUGAAGAUCUUGAGUCCGAGUACGGUCAUUUGCCUUCGAAGCAGACCGACGUGUUGGUUGAUGCCGACCAUGGGGGAUGUUUGGACACAGCCCGCAGCACCUCAGGGUGGAAUGUAUACCUAUCCAGUUCCGAUGGCUCGACGCAUGCACUCAUUGAUUGGGCAUCGCGCCGCCAGCAGUCCACACCAAAAUCGACUGGCGAGGCCGAGACGGUCGCCGGUGCAGAAUGUUUGCAAAGCUUCCUGCCGAUUUUGGACGUGGUAGAAACCGUUGUGGGCAAUCCAGUUCCUUGUGCCCUGCUCACAGAUUCUGAUGCUGCACGUGCUGCAAUGAAGAACGGCUACAGCCGGAAGAUGAGAUAUCUCAAGAAGACCCAACGCAUUUGUUUGGGGUUCAUCGGCGAUGCCAUUCAGGAAGCUUGUACUGUAGAACGUGUAGAUACAGAUGACAACGAUGCUGAUUUGCAUACAAAGCCGCUGGCACGACAAGCCUUUCACAAGUUCCGUUCGCAAAUGGGCGUCUGUGACGUCUCAUGUGCAUGA